UUUCUCUCCUCUCACCUUUAACUCUCUCUCGCCCGACGCCUCUCGUCGAAUCUCGGCUCUGAAGCUCUCACCAAGCUGCCGCCGCCGCCCAGUCCGCGACAAGCCACCUAAGAUGGGUCUGAAAAAACUGUUUGAAGGCAGUGACUCUGAAAAUGAUGAUGUAUCAAAGAUAUCGAAUAUUGAGGUUGACGAGCAGUAUGCCAAGAGGUAUGAGCACAACAAGAAGCGUAUGGCCCUUGAGCGCCUCCAUGAGCUUGAGAAGAAAGGCCUCAUCCAAUCCUCCUCCGACUCAUCUGUCUCCGAAUCGGACGACGACGAUUUCAUCAAUUCCAGCAAGAGAGAUAGAGAAUUCUUUGAUGCGCUGAUCAAGGUCAAGAAGCAAGACCCUAUGAUCAUGAAGGAAGACAUCAAGUUCUUCGAAUCUGAAGAAUCAGAAGAUGAUGAUGAUGAUAAGAAUAAUAAUUAUAAAAAAAAGAAGGCAAUGUAUUUGAAAGAUGUGGUGGCAAAGCAAUUGAUAGAGGAGGGUCCGGAGUUUGAAGAAGAGGACGAUGAGAUGGAGAAAAAGAAGAGUUAUGAGGAGGAGCAAGAGGAGAUAAGGAGAGACUUUUUGAAAGCAGCAGAUGCAGCAGAGAAAGAGGAAGUUGGAGAAGAGCAGUUAUUGAGAAUGAAGGAGAAUGGUGAUCAGGAUGAGGAAGAAGAGGAGAGUGGUGAGUUUGUGAGGAAAUUGGAUGAGUAUUUUGGAGGUGAUGAGGAAGUGGAGGAUGAGGGGAACAAGUUCUUGAAGGAGUUUUUUCGGAAUAGGAUGUGGAUGGACAAGGAAGGGAAGAGUAGGGAGGUCGGGGAGGAGGAGUUGGGGCACAUUUCAGAGGACGAGAGGGAGAUAGAGAGACAGGAGGAGUAUGAGUAUAGGUUUCAAGAGAAUGCUGGGGAUAGGGUGAUGGGGCAUUCGAGGAAGGUAGAGGGGUCAGUCAGGAAGAAGGCGAAUGCAAGAAAGGACCAGAGGAUGAGUAAGAAGGAGAGGAUGGAGGCAGCAAGGGUUGAAAGGGAGGAAGAGUUGAAGCAUUUGAAGAAUUUAAAGAAGGAAGAGAUGGAUGAGAAGGUGAGGAUGAUAAUGAGGACGGCAGGGAUUAGGGAGGAUGAGGUUGUGGCAUUGAGUAGGAAGGAGUUGGAGGAGGAGUUUGAUCCGGAGGAGUAUGAUAGGAUCAUGGAGAAGGCAUUUGGGGAGGAGUAUUAUGCAAAUGACGACAUGGACCCAGAGUUUGGGAGUGGUGGGGACGAGGAUGAAGAUGAGGGUGAGAUUGAAAAGCCAAAUUUUGAGGAGGAGGAUGAUUUUCUUGGGCUUCCAAAAGGUUUGGAUGUGUGUGGGUCUGGUGAUGGGUUUUGGUCUGUGAGGGAAAGGGUUUUGAAGAGUAAGGCAGAGAAUGCUAAUGAAAAUGUCCAAGAAGAAGAGGAGGAGGAGGAGGAGGAGGAAAAAGAGAAAGUUGAGGAAGGUAAGCGGAAGAGGAAGCGGAUGCAUAAAAGCAUUGCUCUUUUGGAGAAAGCUAAAGAGGCAAUGAUGGAGGAGUAUUAUAAGUUGGAUUAUGAGGAUACAAUUGGAGACUUAAAGACAAGGUUCAAGUAUGCGAAAAUAAAACCCAAUAGAUUUGGAUUGAGUCCAGCAGAGUUGUUGUUGAUGAAUGAGAAGGAGUUAAAUCAGUAUGUUUCUUUGAAAAAGAUUGUUCCUUAUAGGGAGGAGUGGAAGUUAAAUGAGCAAAAGAGAUACCAACUAAAAAUGAGGACUAAAGAACUUCUCCGAGGUGCGCAAGUGCAUGACCAGAAUGUUGGUGAGAAGAAGAGGUCAAAGGAUAAAGCAGAAAAAUCAACUUCAUUGAAAGGUACCAUGGAAACUGGGAAAGUAAAAUCUGUGGGGUCAAAUGGUGAUAUGAGCAAUUCAUCCAAGAAAGCUAAAAGAAAGCAACGCCAAGCUGAACUUAAACUAUCUCACUCAAGGCUUGUCGCAUAUGGAAAGAUACCUUCUAAAUCUAAAAGCAAAGCAAAGCACUGAACCUCAGCUGUGAUUCAGGCAGUAGACAGAAGUUAGUGAUUUAAUAUAAGCCACAUGGAGGACUUCAUGAACAAACAACGAGAAGACUAGGGGAGUAUGAAUGAAGACAUUCAUUAUUCUACAAGGGUUUUGUUUUUGUUUGAUUUGAAGAAGAGCAGAAAGAGGGGGGGAAUUUCAUAUGCGCCCAGCGCACGAUACGGUCCAGAAAGAGGGGAUGGAUGGGGGGUGAGGGCGCAUUAUUUACAACUGCUGCAAGUUUCUUUAUAGAUAGACGUGAGUUGCUGCUAUCUGAUAAAUUUUGGAAUGGACAGCAGAUUGGAAGAACUAAAGAGAAAUGCUGGUGUAUUUAAGCUGGUAUUUUUUUUUUUUUUUUUUUUGUAAAACUGAACUUUUUAAUUUAAUCUUGGAUUGGAAGAGACAUUUCGAUCAUUUAUUUACAUCUUAACAGAUAGUAUUUCUUUUUUAAUUUAAUCAUCAUUAUCAUUG